CUUCAGUCAGUGGAAAGCCCGCAGUUUUCAACUCGCAGGAGUUUCUCGGAGGAUUUAAUUAUCUGUCAUUUUAUCCAGCAGAGCAGCAGCAGCAGCAGCAGCAGCAGCAGCAGCAGCAGACACGAUCCUGCAGAGACUCCUGAGAGAAUCUCCAGAGGCACCGGUGCACACAGAGACAGGAGAAAGACAUCAUGAGCGACCGUUUCGACUGCAAAACAUGCAACGAGUCCUUGUGCGGGCGAAAAUACAUCCAGGUGGAGGAGAAGCCCCACUGCAUCCCCUGCUAUGACCGCCUUUACGCCAAAACCUGCCAGGAGUGUAAAGAAGUUAUCGGACAUAAUGCCAAGGAGCUCUUCUAUGAGGACAGACAUUACCACACUCACUGUUUCCGCUGUUUCCGCUGCGACCGCUCUCUGGCAGAUGAGCCCUUCACGAGCCUGGAGGACGCGCUGGUGUGCAGCGACUGCUACUGCAACGAGUUUUCCUCCAAGUGUGUGUCCUGUGACAAGACAGUCAUGCCAGGGUCGAAGCUGUUGGAGUACGGCGGCUCCACGUGGCACGAGGACUGUUUUUUGUGUCACGGCUGCGAGAAGCCGAUCGGUGCAGAGGCCUUCAUCCCAGACAACAACAACUACUACUGUGUGCCGUGCUACGAGGGCAGGGUGGCUCCUCAGUGCAGCCACUGCAAAAAGGCUCUGACUAAAGGAGGGGUGACUUACAAGGACGAGGUGUGGCACAAAGAAUGUUUUGUCUGCACGGGCUGCAAAGCUCCGCUGGCUGGCCAACCCUUCACCUCGCAGGGGGAGAGUCCAUACUGUGUCAAGUGUUUCAGCAGCCUGUAUGCCAAAAAGUGUGCUGGCUGCAACACGGCUAUCACAGGUCAGUGGAGAAUACAGAAACCCAGAGUUGUUCAAAUAACAAUUCAGGUGUAUCCCUGGUUCAAGUCUGUCCUGGGUUGUUUGUCAACUCCUAUAUGUGUUCUACCUGUGAUUCCUGUCCGCCCGACUAUCUACUAUCAACAACAUGUCAGAAGAAUUAUCUUCAACAAGCAGGUGUAGGCGGUAAGGGUUUGGAGAUGGGAAGUACGUUUCUUUUGAGGAACGGCAGUGGCACCAGCCGUGCUUCAAGUGUACGCGCUGCUCUGUAUCGCUGGUGGGCUCCGGCUUCUUCCCGGACCGCGACCAGAUCUUGUGUACAGACUGCAAUAACGAUGACUGACCGAUACUAACCACACCCAGACACCAACCACGACUGAGAGGAGCAGCAAACCUUAUAAACCUCGGCCGUGCACAUGAACACAGCAAUAUUCCUAAUUCACUCACAUUGUAAAGCUGAUACAAAGCUCAGUAUUAACAACUCAAUACUAACGACAGCCUUUAGCACAUUGAUAUGUUUGUAUAAAUUCUGCAGAAAUGUCCUGCGAUGUAUGUGUAUGACUUUGUUUGUCAUAAUUUUAUAUUUCUCACACAUGAAAGAUAACGUAGAAACUAUAAAUGUAUCAUUUUAAAUUAAACAGUUUUUAUUUUAACAAAUUUCUUCAUCACUGCUAGACAAAAGCAAAAUGUUAAACCUAUGCUUGUAUAUCUACUUUUUACAGAAUAUUACAAUUUAUAAAACAGCCCUUGCUCUUCUCUAUGUGCUGUAGUAAACGUAUUUGUUGAAAAUGAUCUGUUUGAAGGAAACUUAUAUGUUUUGUAUUCUUUCCAGCUUAAAACAUUUUCUAAUGGCGUACAUGGAAUAAUAAUAAAUGUCAAAAAACAAA